ACUGCCGGCGCUUUAAAGAGCUACAGAUUUUUGGUUCUGUAGAUCCCAUCCCGGGAAAUCAGUUUUAUCAAAUCGGUAUGUAAGUGAAUUGCGCGGCAUAAAAACCUAACAUCCGUAUCAACAUGCUCUCUACAAGCGAGCCAAAAAUCCGAGAACUGAAACGAAAUGAACUGCGAUGGGAACGACAGCUGCAUCGUAAAACUGACCUGGAUAUUAACCGUGCCGGUUUGGGUGAGAUGCUACGAGAAGUACAAGAUAUAGAAAAUCUCUCCUGUGCAGAAAUUAAAGGGCUAGCCUCAAGAAUCAAGCGUCGUAAGCAUGCGGACGCGAAGGAUUUGCUGAAGCUUAGCUAUGGUUUUCAGCAGAGUGCCGAAAACAUUUCAGAAUUCAUACGCAUUACCGGCGCAAUCAAUGUAAUCGUGAAAGUAUUUACCGGAUCCGAUUCAGAUCUGCAGCAACUGGCAGCGGAAUGUUUGUGCAAUUUAUCGUUGGGAGACGAAGUUUGCUGUGAAAAAGUGGCCAUGUUUGCAGGGACAUAUUUAAUUACAUUCAUAGAAACUGUAAACAAUACCCGUCUGACGUGUACGUGUGUCUGGACCCUGCAGAACAUGAUAUCAUCUGGAGCUAAGGCAGCCAAAGUAUUACAUUCACAGGGAUCUGUUGCCAGAUUUUGCCAUCUACUCAAAACAACUAGAAAUAAUGAUCAGUUAUUGGCGGAAAUUUUUACGACCAUAGAUCUGAUUUUAGACUAUGGUCUAUUGUUUAUAAGUCAAGAAACCAUCGUUGUCGACAUCAUACCCACCGCUUCUUCCAGUACACCCUCGCUGAGCGGCAUUAGAAUUAUUUACAAAUCGCUCUUUUUAACUAAUUUUGAAACGUUAGAUCGCAACACGUUACAUGAUAUAUUAAAUAACUGUAUUGGCUACUUGAAGACGGAACUCGGAAGCGGCUACUAUGCAGAAAGAAUAUUGGCGAUUAGAAUACUGGGUAAUUUAAUUGCGAAAAACGAUAGAAGUCUCUGCGAAGCUUUUCUAGCUGGGUGUCAGAAGAAUGACAUUUUGCUGAGCUCCUUGUUCAAUUCUCAUUCGGAAGCUGGCGAGAUUGCAAUCUGUCGGGAGCUUUUGUGGUUUUACGGCAAUCUCUUCGGAACAGCGAAUGAGACGGAUAUGCAGAAGUAUCUGAAGCGCGAUAAUUUUGUCGAAAAUUUAAUUGUUCCCAGGGCCAUGCUAAAUUGAUAGAUCAUAAAUCAAGAAAAAAAAUACUAUUGUAAUUGUAGUAUAGGUUUUUCGAUUAUGAAAAACACGUUUUCUACAAAUUGUUUUGUAAA